AUUGAUCAACGGGGAGAAAUGGCUACAAAGUUGGGUGGGAGCGUGAAAAAGGCUAAGGCCUUGUUUUGUUUGAGGGAUUUUUGUUGAAGUCCCUAAGACUUAUGGCACUUUGAAACCAAACAGGUGAGAUUUUUAGGAAUUUUUUUAGAGUAGAGAUUUUUUUUAAAGAAGACUCAUGAGGAGCUUUUUAGCAACUGUUGGCUACAAUUACACCUAAUGCCCCCUACCCUAUCCAGGCCCCCUCCCCACCCGAUGCGCAGCCCCGCACUCCCCACCCGACGCGCAGCCCCCCACUCCCGUUUUCCUCAUCCACAACGUCUGCCUCCCCGUUCCCCUCUCCCGCGCCUAGUUCUCGCCGCCGCCGCCACCCUCGCCGCCCGCCUGGGCCUCCGCCGCAGCUGCUCAUCCCUCCACUGCCCGCGCGUCUCUCCGCCGCCUGGGCCGCCGCCGCAGCGCAUCGGGAGGUGGCCGCUGCGCAGCUAGUCCCGGAGGAGGCCGCGCAUCCCGGAUCCGGCAGCCGUGCGUCCGCCAUGGCCGGCAAUGACGAAGAGACAAUGGGCUUCUUCUCCCAAGCACACUCUCACCAGAGAUUCGACACCGACGCUGUUGACGUCGACUUCUCCCAAGCUUCUUCUGCACAUGCUGGAGGUUCGCUCGGCGGCCUUGCCGCGGGGGGCGGUGGGUCUCGGUGGCUUCGAUCUCAACUCCGGAGCCGAUGACUUCCCGGAUUUCGAUAGGUACGCACAAAUCUUGCGCCCUGAAGAUGGAUUUGUGCACGGCCUUCCACCAAUUCGCCCCGGCAGCAGAUCCAGCGGUCUUCGCGGAAAAACUGGAAGAAAAGCACGCGGAGGAGGAAGUGCAGGAGCAAGCGGAAGCAGAUCCCAGAACAAUGGCGCGGGAUCAAGCCGAUCGAUGCGGGGGUCAUCCCUCCCGGAUCUUCUCUCGGCACAGCAGUCCCUGGCCGUUCUUGAGGAGGUGGCCGGCAGACCUCCAUGGGCUACGGCGGCGAUUUCUCUACCGGCCUUCAGUCCCCCAUGUGUUACGCCGGGGACUCCUCUGCCGGCCGUGGCUUCUGCAUGCCACCCGGUGCUUCACUUCCCAGAGGUCGAGGCCGUGGAACGUCCAGAGGUGGAGGUCGUGGCCGCGAGCGUCCAUCAUCAUCCGCAGCAGAUGCAAGCGACGCCGACGAUGAUGAAGACAUCGAGGACGAAGAUGAGUGUGGACCUGAUGGAAAGAACAAGUUUGACAAGGCUAGAUGGACAGAACAAAAUACAUUUAUAUUAUAUGAAAUAGUUGUUGAAGAACUUAGGGAUGGAAAAUGUGUGAAAGGAGCUUGGACAACUAGAGGGUACCAGAAUUUGAAGAACAAAUAUUUUGAGAGGGCUGGACUCAAACAUACAACCAAACAAAUUAAAAACAGAUUCACUACGUUGAAGACAACUAUGUUCCACUUGCUGUACCAAGAUCUGAAGGAAUUGGUACAAAUGAAAGUGAUAGCGCCGUGAUGAACCUAUUCCGGGAUUGGGUUGCAGAUGGUUUGUGGAGUUUGAAGUAGUAGUGCUUUUUGUGGUUUAUUCGUGUUGCGGAAGACAUUAUUUGUAAUAAUGAGCACCAUUUCAUUAUGGUUUACUUUAUUUGUGAUUUGUAUUAACAUUUGUA